AUGUUGUUAUUUCACGCGCCACCAUUACCUUUUCUUCUUACCACUUUACUCCAUUAUCAACCUCGUCACUAUUCUCGCGCAUUAUCGUCAUUACCUCUUUUCGCAACCAACCGUUCUUUCUCGCAAUCUUGCCGGAGUUCAAUUCUCCCGAUGAACGGAGUAACCAUCGUCACCGAUGACUCCUCCUCUACCUCCUCGCCGGAGCACUUCACCGGCGAUUGGUUAUCCGCUCCUUCACUCCGGCUGCGUGACCAUAGAUUCACGGUUCCUCUCGAUUAUUCUCGAGGCAUAACCUCUUCUCCCAAGAUCACUGUUUUUGCUCGUGAAGUGGUUGCAGUUGGAAAAGAAGAGCAAUCAUUGCCAUAUUUACUAUUUUUGCAAGGGGGACCUGGGUAUGAGUGCCGACCGCCAACUGAAUCUAGUGGAUGGAUUCAUAAAGUUUGCGAGCAGUUCCGUCUCAUCUUAAUGGAUCAGCGAGGAACAGGCUUAUCAACUCCUUUGUCUGUGUCAUCAAUGUCACAGUUCAAGUCUGCAGUUGACUUAGCUGACUUCUUGAAAUAUUUUCGAGCUGAUAGUAUAGUAAACGAUGCAGAGUUUAUUCGCGUUCGCCUAGUUCCAAAUGCUGGACCUUGGACCAUUUUGGGACAGAGUUACGGUGGAUUUUGUGCGGUCACAUAUUUGAGUUUUGCACCACAAGGACUGCAACAAGCUCUUAUGACAGGUGGGAUUCCUCCGAUUGGAGAUGGCUGCACUGCAGAUUCGGUAUACAGAGCAAGCUUUGAGCAAGUUAAACAUCAAAAUGAGAAGUACUACAAAAGAUACCCUCAGGAUAUUAAAAUUGUUCAAGAACUUGUUACUUAUUUAGCUGAACAAGAAGGAGGAGGGGUGGCCCUUCCUUCUGGCGGCAUCUUAACCCCAAGAGGGUUGCAGACUCUUGGUCUCUCCGGCUUAGGAUCUGGAUCUGGUUUCGAGAACAUGCACUAUAUGUUUGAGAGAGUGUGGGAUCCCACUUUAAUUCCAGGAUCACCUAAGAAAAUAAGUCACUACUUCCUAAAUUCUUUUGAAAGCUCGAUAAGUGUUGAUACUAAUCCAUUGUAUGCUCUUCUACAUGAAUCUAUCUAUUGUCAGGGUUCUUCUAGUAGAUGGUCUGCCAGUAGAAUAAGGGCUGAAGCUGAUGAUAAAUUUGACGCAAUUAAAGCUGCUAGAGAAGGACUCCCUGUAUUUUUCACAGGAGAGAUGAUUUUCCCAUGGAUGUUUGACGAGAUUCAUGCCUUGAAAUCAUUCAAAGAAGUGGCUCAUAUAUUGUCCGAGAAGAAGGAUUGGCCCCGAUUAUAUGACACUAAGGCUCUUAAUAACAACAAGGUACCUGUUGCAGCCGCUGUUUACUAUGAAGACAUGUAUGUGAAUUUUAACCUUUCAAUGGAAACAGCUUCUCAAAUAGCAGGGAUCAGACUAUGGAUAACUAAUGAGUUCAUGCAUUCUGGCUUGCGUGAUGAUGGGAACAAAGUUCUUGAUCAUUUGCUGGGAAUGUUAAAUGGAAAGAAACCUCUAUUUUGA